AUGAAGAAACAGUACAUCAUUACGAUGAAUCAAUACUGGCUCCUUCUGCUGCAGUGGAUACUACAUAUAGCUAAAAAGGAAAAAUGCUCUUAUAAUAAAGAAGUUGACUUUCCCCAUUACCUUCUAUGCUCUCUCAAUCUCUUUUUUCGGGGCUCCAUCCACCAUUUUUUCUUUCAUUUCUUCAAUUUUCUCCCUAAACGUAUAUGCAUUCCAACCUUACUUCCGGUCGGCCAUCUUCUCACUGUCCUUUUUGCCUGUCAGGUUCUUUUCUAUUCGUUUAGAUGCACUCUGAUAUUUAACCCUCUCGUUCUUUCUAUCUAUCUAUCUAUCUAUCUAUCUAUCUAUCUAUUUCUCUCUGUCUCUUCCUAUCUCUCUUUCUCAUUUCGCUCCAUUUUUAUUUGUUGCUUUCUUCCUAUUACUUUCUUUCUUUCUUUUAGUUUAUCUUCUUUCUUUCUUCCUUUUUCCUUCUUUUUCCUUUUAUUUUCUUUUUUCCUUUUACUUUCUUUCUGUUUUUUUAUUUUUUUUACUUUUACUUUCUUUAUUUUUAUUUUUACAGUUUUCCUUUUACUUUAUUUUCUUCUGCCUUUUUCUUUUUUCUUUUUAAUUUCUUAUUUUCUUCUUUUUAAUUACAUUCUUUCUUUCUACUUUUUCUUUCUUUCUGAUUUUUAUUUCAUUUAUUUUACUUUCUUCAUUUUUUCUUUUACUUUCUUUAUUUUUCCUUUUUUCUUUCUUUUAUUUUUCCUAUUUUUCCUUUCUUUCUUUUUUUAUUUAUCAUUUCCCAUCCUUCUUUUUUCUCCUUUCUUUAUCAUUUUUUCUCUUUCCCUUUCCUUUUUCCUUUUCUUUUUCCUUCUUUCGUUUAUUUAUUUUUUAUUCUUUUUUCUCCCUUAA